CGCCGUGGUUGCGAUCACCGCCGCUGGAAGCUCGCGCGGAGAGCUUGCCAGGACCAUAAUCACUCUGACAUCGUGACGAAGGUUUCAUUUCCCUGCAAACCUACCUUUUCUUGCCCGUGAACUCUUGGCGACUCCCUUUGAGCAUCGCCAUCCCCGGUUUCUGAUUCUCACGAGACCGAUUCCAUCCUUCUGCCUCUCCCCCGCCCACAACCUCGAAGAGCCCGCAUUGAUCAGUAUACAUCACAAGAUGUUACCUCUGGGUCUACUCACCGCGGCGCAAGGCCACCCCAUGCUCGUCGAACUCAAGAACGGCGAAACCCUCAACGGACAUCUUGCGAAUUGCGACAACUGGAUGAACCUGAUACUCAAGGAAGUCGUUCAGACCAGCCCCGAAGGUGACCGUUUCUUCCGGCUACCGGAGGUCUACGUCAGAGGAAACAACAUCAAAUACCUGCGGAUUCCCGAGGAGAUCAUAGAGUUGGUGAAGGAGCAACAACUGAACCAGGCGAACAACCGGAGCCGCGGACCUCGUGAUGGCGGUAGAGGUGACAGAGGUCGUGGUGGUGGCCGUGGCCGUGGACGGGGUCGCGGCCGCGGUGGCAGGGACGCUUGAGCUUUGAAAACAACUUACACACGAAAGAAUGAGAGAGAUUUACGAGAGAUACCCCGGGGAGAUUGAGUAGGUAGUUUCGUUAGAGAAAGUCGGUUGGGUGGGUUAGUCGAGCAUGGCCUUGGAGUAUCUGGUUGUAUUUGUCAAUGGGAAGACGUGCCAUCUAGU